AUGGAUUUAUUCUCUCGUGAGUGUUUUUCUUUGAAGGGUCCGGGUGAUGAAUGUCUUGGUAGUUUUUUUUUUGCUUCCGAUGCUGAUGGUGUUGGCCCGUUUUUAAUGGGGAAUUCUUCGUUUGGUCGAGGCUCUUUAAGCGCUGUUUCGUGCAUGCCUUUGAUACCACAGGGUGUUUCUACGUUGUCUGUACUUUUCUGGUGGUGGAAGUGGCCUAUGCCGUGUGCGGAUGGUGGUUGUUUUGGGCAGCCGCAGCAGCCGGAGCUGGAUUCAUUGGUGGAGAGGGAAUCGGUUUUGGAUUUGACGGUGUCGAGGGCUAUGCGUGAGUUGGUGCGCGUUUAUACCGUGUACGACCCGCCGAGGGCGGCGCUCAUGUUGGGAGACUCCGUUGAUGCAUACAAUUGCCUAUUUCUGGGGCGUUGUGAGAGGGGCGAUCGUGUGUUGGUGUUGCCCGUGGAGGAGGACUGGAAUGAGGCUGUACGCCGCGGCAUUCCGCCUGUGGUUAUUCUGCGCUUCACACUUUGGGCGUACAUCACCAGAUUGGGCCAGCGCUGUGGUGAUGUUGCGAUGGACGCGGACUCGGCCGCAUUUCUUUUUUCUGCACGACUGGCGACAUGUGAUGCCCUCAGCAGGGAUCGGGAGGAGGUGGUGGUGCCGUUGACGGCAGAGACAGGGAAACAUACGGAGCUGCACGAGGCGGGGCUGCAGAAAUGGCUGCCGCUUCCCCUCCCGCAGUUUAUUCCUGGCGUGCCUAUGGACCGAAGCGAUUGGCUGGAGGUGCUGGCUGUGUUUGCGCCACCCGACUGCGCUGCGACACUCCUGCAGAGAGCGCACUCCGUUCAAGACGGCCUUUAUGAUGAAGAAAAUGGCCGUGGGGCGUCACCAUUUUUGUCAUGGCGACAUGCGGGUCCGGUGAAUAUUACCCCGAUUGGCAAUGCCACAGGGGCGGGCGAUGGGAAUAUUGGGAACGAGGCCACUGUUGCCAUGAUAACAUGUGAUGUGUCUGAGAAGAAGAGCGCGCGGCACGCUCCUUCUCAUCUGCGGACGAUCCUGCAGGCACCACGCACUCCAACGCAGGUAUUUUUAUUUCACGGGGAGCUCCACGUCUUACACCAUCUUGAUGGCGUUGUGAGGUGCAUGUCGGAGGCACCAACGACGACGACUGCUUGGUUUAACUGCAGCGGUGAAGGUGUUUUAUCAGGUGGUACAAAUGUUGAUGGGCCGCUAUCAACAAUUCCUUGUGUAAAUGCUGCCUCUGAGAGCUGUCAUGAUGAAGUCUUCCUGUCCCCAAGCCAAUACAAGGAGGCUGCUGAACGCGCGGCUUCCAUCGCUGCAUGGCGAAGUCAAGGAGGCCACCGGCAGUGCGUUCAGAAGGAAAUGCCAAAUGACGGCAAUGAAAUUAUAAAUACUGAUGACAGCGAUGAUAAUCAUGAUGAUGAUAUGGAUGCGAUUGUGGAAUACGCAGAGGCAUUGCUGCUGCCCUCCAUCUCCACACGGAAGGUCGAGACACAUGGUUCAGGACCCUGCCUAAGUAGUGGAUAUGAAAAUAUUAAUCACGAUGACAUGAAGCCGGGGCAUUACAGUUACGAGGAUGAUGGGAUGAUGAAAGCAGCUCACAAGGUUCCUCACGGUGUGCCGGCGCCAAUCGCCACCUCUGCAAUGAUAACUUGUGGAAGAGCAACUGCUUCUUGUGCAUUCUUUACGGCGAAGCUUCCGGGAACUUUGAUUUCUGUGGGUGGCGGUGCCUUUUGCCUUCCGAGGACUGUUCUUCAAGACAAGGAUGUCUCCUGUGUGUUGGCGUAUUGGGGAUUUGAUCCGGUUGUGUGCGAACACUCAGAUUGCACGCGCGAAUAUAACCGUAACGGUGAGGAUACUGAUACUGCUAUGGCUGCUACCCCAACUUUUGUUUUGAACGAUAACGAGGAAUUUGUACACAACGCGGUGUCUUGCCGCUUGCCCUUGUCAAAAUUUACCGUCCAGCUUAGUUGUAACAUUCUUUUUUGCCGUGAAAUCCCCACCACUUCUUCUACCGCGUGGUGCACGGAUGAUGAAAAAAACUAUAACUGGUGGCCUGAUGAUGUUUUUUACGGCGGUACUGAUGAUGUUACAACUAGUGAUGACGAUGAUUAUAAUGACUGCGGUGUGGCACCGCAACAGUUUUUCUUGCCAAGACGAGAAAAAUCAGAGCUCCCUGCAGCGCCCAUACUACGGCCACUUGUGUGA